AGGGCAGGGCGGCCAUGGCGCAACCCGGUCCCGCUCCCGGUGCGGGCCGUGUGGCGCUGGCGCUGGCGCUGGGCGCGGCGGGCGCCGGGCUCGGGCUGCUCUACGUGCUGCGGCCCUGGCGGCGGCGCGCCGGGCGGGCCUUGCGCAGGGGCAGCGCCCGCGAGGAGCCGGCGGCGGCCGUGGCGGUGUCAUCCGGGCGGCGGAGCCACGUCAUGCCCAGAGUGCUGCCUCCUGUGGAGGCUGGUGAUGGUGCUGUGUACACUCCUCUCCCACUCCACGACGAGCUGGUGGAUGUGCUGGAGCAGCUUGACUUCGUGGUGAAGAACCUUUCAGAGCUGAGGAAAGAAGUGGAGGAGCUACGGAACAGCCUGCAGAACCUAGCUGCAGAAAUUGUCUGUGAAGUCAGGUCCCACCUGGAAGAAACCCAGAAGGUAUCUCGCCGGAGGCGCUUUCCCUUUCCCAGAGAAAGAAGUGAUUCCACGUGCUCCAGUUCCAUUUAUUUCACAGCCAGCUCAGGAGCAGCCAACACGGAUGAUGGGGAAAGCGAAGGAGGGUACAGCACAGCCAACGCCGAGUCCGACUAUGACCGGGAGUCCGAGAAAGACAGCGAGGAAGGGGAAGAUGAAGUGAGCUGUGAAACAGUGAGAACUGCACGACGAGAUUCCCUGGAUCUUGUCAACGAGGAUGAAACCCAUUUAGUCCUGGAUUCCUUACUGGAGGAAGGGCUGGAGCAGCUACUGCAGCAGGCUGACCGCUUGCACAGUGGAGAUGAGCAGGAGAAGAGAGAGGGAUUCCAGCUGCUGCUCAACAAUAAGCUGGCGUAUGCAGAGCAGAAGGACUUCCUCUGGCGCCUGGCCCGGGCACACAGUGACAUGUGUGAACUCACAGACGACGCAGAUGAGAAGAGAUCCUACGCAGCUGAUGGGAAAGAAGAGCUGGAAAUUGCCUUACAGAAAUGGGACCAAAGUGCUGAGUGCCACCAGUGGUACGCUAUUCUUUGUGGGCAGCUGUCAGAACAUGAGAGCAUCCAGAAGCGCAUUCAAACAGGGUAUGUGUUUAAGGAACACAUCGAUAAAGCGAUUGAACUGAAACCAGAGGAUCCACAGUCUUACUAUCUUCUGGGGAGAUGGUGUUACCAGGUAAAAUAGUUCAUUACUACUUACUGCUGUAUCCUUCCUCCUU